GAUGGGAUGAUCCAGAGCAUUCGGAAGCACCGCAGCACCAUGGUGUCAGCCGUCGCCGUCCUCUGCCUCGUGGCUGGCUUGCUGGAAGGAGCCUUCUCUCUGACCUGCUAUCACUGCAACAGCGUCGAAGCGGACUGCAGCACGGAACCGAAGCAGUGCGACAAAGCCACCGAUGUGUGUAUGUCCACCAUCACCGAGCUCGUCACAAAAGGUAAAGGAGUAAAGAAAAUGGUGGUGAGAUCCUGCGGAAACAAAGACUUGUGCAACGGGAAUUACAGCAUGUCCCUGAACGCCACCAACCUGUACGCCACAAUCAGGUGCUGCGAAAAAGACAAGUGCCCCACAGCUACCCUUGAUGUACCAAAAUCCACCAGUGAGAAUGACGUUGAGUGCUCUACAUGCAAUGAAGUGGGUGAGAAGUGCAAAACCCCAAUCAAAAUCAAGUGCACUGGGCAAGAGAACAAGUGUGCCACCUACGGUGCCAAAGACGCAAAGACCAACGUCCACUACAUCUCCCAGACCUGCGUCACGGAGAACGUGUGUGCCAUGCAGAGCGUGGCUACCCUGCCCUUCGAGCAGACCCUCACCACCAAGUUUAACUGCACCAACCACGCGCCGUCUCUGCUCCCCGGCCUGCUUCUUCCCAUCGCCGCCGUCAUCGCCAUGCUCAAGCUGCUCUCAUAAUACUCAUCAAAGACAAAGGCCAUUCCUAUGGAGAGCUGAGGUGGACCCCUCCCGGGCAGGGAGGCACUGCAGAGAUGUACCCCCCCCCCCCCAUACAGGCAGGGCAAUGCAUGUUUAUCCGCUGUGUAUUUGCAGAGCCAGGUAUAUCUAUAUAACAGUUCAGACUCAUUUAUACACGUAUGUUACACGUAUGUGCAGAACAAUUGACAUAUGGGACAGUAUAUUACUAUAGGGUUCGUGUGCAACAGCAACUGCAUGGCUACUUAAACCGGACACAUUAUUAUUACUACGAGCCCUGCCGCCAUAUUGGAUAGCCAGUGAUGUCUUUAGAGCAGUGGGGGCGACGCCACGCUUCUGUGUAAGGCUAUAAAGACCCCUGGACUCUACAGCUGCUGUAGGACUACAAGCCCCAGCACUCCUGCCGUCUGAGCAUGCUGGGACUUGUAGUUCCCCAAAUGACAAGACACCCCACCCUAAAGUCGCUGUCUACGGUAUACGUUAUAUACAUCUAUACCGCUAUCGCCAUGGCCCUCUGUCAUCUCUGAAAUGUCGCUGUAAUUGCAUUUCUCUCUUCCUUUUAUCUUCCUGAUUGGAACAAUAAAUGAAAUUACUAAAUAAAAAAUGUUUUUC